CCACCAAGGGGCGCAGAAACGCAUGCCACGGCGCUGAAGCCGACCGGGCCGGGCGUGCCUAUCCGUAGUAGCGUUCGUUCGCUUCAUCUCGCGAGUCGUGCACUGUGUACGCGACUACGCCAGCGGAUACGUGUCUCAAAAGCCGCACUUUCUCCGCCCGGCACGAUUAAAAGUGAUCAAACAGAAGCGACAUAAAGGAGCGAAAAAAAGAGAAUAAUAAAAAAAGGCCUCGUAGGCAAAGGCAACAUUUUCACCCCCAGUGGUCCCUCUGUAUGCAAACAAAGCCAUCUUUGCGCUUAGUGAUUAUGGUGGCACCGGUUCCGAUAGUGGCGUUCGAAAGUGGAUCGUGAAAAUGAAUCGAUUCCCGGUGCUGAUUUCGACCGGUGGGCGUACCGCCAGCGCGAACACAUUGGACGGUGGAAAGUUAUGCGCCUAGUUGCCUCGAGCUUUUAAUUGGUGUUUAUGCUGGAGCUGGGCAAACAGUGAGUUGGCAUAACAAAAAAAAAGGCGGGCCAACAACGCUCUCCGGCCAGUGGUAGUGCUUGCGACGGAAGCAUAUCUUCUUCGAACAUCGAAAUCCUUUUUUUCUUUCCUCCCCGUACAUCGCAGUCGGUACCGUAUUCGGAGUUCGUAUUAGCGUAUUUGCAGCGUGCCAAGCGUGCAGUGUCCCAGCGGAAGUGGUUUAUUAAAUCGCAAAUCCUCUUUGCCGUGCCGGGUGCUGGUGUGUUGCUCCAGUGUUGCUAGUUUCCUGUUAUCAACAUCUCUCUUCUUUCCCCCGGGCCCCAAAACGCUCCAACAAUACGUCUUUCUUUCAACAAGAAAUUAACGAUGGUUUGUGUCGCGAGUGAACGAACGAUCCGGCGGACACUGGUUCCAACGGGCGGCUGGGCGCCACUGCUGGCCCUGCUGCUGCUGCUGGCCGAAUUGGGCCAAAUAUUUGGCUACCACAUCCGGCACAUCGAGGAAGAGCCAAGCCACCAGCUGCAGCAGGAUCUGAUGGACUUUAUCGAUCUCGUACCGUUCGAGGAUGUGCAGCGGCUGAUGCAGUACUACUACCACUACGACGUGGAGGUGGAGAGUGCCUUCGACUACGUGUCGUCCGAGGACUACACGCAGAUCCGGCUCGACAUAGUGAGCCUGGGCGAGGUGCGCAGCUUUCGCCGCUACCUGGACAGCAUCGGCUUCAGCGUGGAGAAGGUGUGGACCGAGCUGAACAAGCGCUUUGAUGCGGACGACAUCUUUGCCGAGCCGGACGAAAGCGUCAGGAUGUUAAAUCUCACCACCAGAGGAUUGAAUGGAUUAGUCGAUGACAUAUUGGCGCUGCUGCCGCAGGACGAAAUAAUCCUACUAUUCUUCGACAAGCUGGAAACGAGCAACGACUUUUCCUUCUUCUUCGAGCAGAUCGGUAGCGGAGAGUUCGAGAACGUCCUUAACACGCUGCAGUCCUCCCAGCAGCUGCGGAUACUUCUCUGGAGACUUCAGCGGCACGGAUUCGAUAUUCCCGGUUGGAUUCAGCUCGUCCAGAAGUAUUUCAGUUUCAGCAGUUUCUGACACUCGACAUGGUAAGAAAAGCUGGGCACAGCUGGACAGCAGCACAUGAAAACAUUCCUCUUUUCCUGUAUCGUUGUGUUUGAAAUAGUAAUAAAGACGUGCUUCUGAAACAGUUUUGUAAGGUUCGGUUCAAUGGGUCAAAAUAAAGCAAAUAGAAACACCAAAGUAC